AUGGCUCUGAGAGAGAUCAAGGCGUUGUAUCUAGUAUUGGCUUCAGCGGCCUUGCUCUUGUGUAACAAGGGAGAAUGUAGCUCUUUUGGAGCCCGUCGUGGCCUAGCAGCUGACGUUGAGACAGUUUUUGAUGUUACCAAGUUUGGGGCAAGGCCCGAUGGCAGAACUGAUGGCUCUCUGCAAAUGAUCAGGGCAUGGAAUGCUGCAUGCAAAUCAGGCGCACCGGCGAAGCUUGUUUUUCCUCCGGGCAAAUUUGUGGCAGGGGAGGUAGUCUUCCAGGGGCCAUGCACCACCCCAACACCCAUAACCAUUGAAAUCCAAGGAACCAUUUUAUCGAGCACCGAUCUUAGCGUGUUCACUCAGGGAGUAUGGAUAUCUAUCGAAAAUGUGAAUGGGGUCAUAGUCACCGGUGGAGGUACUCUCGACGGCCGAGGGGCCUCUGCCUGGGAAUAUGCAGGAGGAGAUGGUGCUGGCCUUCUUCCAGUUUCUCUUCAAAUGUUGAAAGUACAAAAUGGUGUUAUCCAAAAUAUCAACCUGCUUAACAGUAAAGGCUUCCACAGCAAGGUCACCUGGAGUGCCAACAUCACCGUGUCGGACCUCACUAUAACAGCCCCUGCAGAUAGCCCCAAUACUGAUGGCCUCCACAUUAGCAGCUCUCAAAAUGUGAAUGUCACAAACCUUACAAUAGGAACAGGAGACGACUGUAUCUCCGUGGGCGAAGGCAACACCAACAUUGCCAUCUCCAAGAUUACUUGUGGCCCAGGACAUGGCAUCAGCAUUGGAAGCUUGGGGAAGCGCCCGGCGGAAAAAGAUGUGAACGGGGUAACCGUAACAAACUGUACAUUGACAGGCACAACCAAUGGCGCAAGGAUUAAAACCUACCAUGCAUCUCCCCCGAUGCGUGCUUCUGGUAUCGUUUAUGAGGACAUAAUAAUGAACGUCGUCAGAAAUCCAAUCGUCAUUGAUCAGCAUUACAAUUCCAGGAAAAAGAACCAGCCGUCGAGGGUGCAAAUCAGCGAUGUUCACUUCCGGAAUAUCAGGGGAACCUCCGCAUCACCAGUUGCAGUUAAUCUGGAUUGCAGCCAGGCAGUCCCGUGCCAAGGCGUUGAGAUGGUCGAUAUUAAUUUAGCUCCAGCUCCGGGAGUGGCUGCUAUUUCAUCUGCCUGCAUCAACACCAAACCAACUUUGGGAGGCAAGCUCACCUUGGGUCAAGGUGGUUGUCAGCAAUGCAAAAUAUAUCGUCUCAUCAGUGUUACUGAAUUUCAUGCCUGUCCUCCUAAGCUGUUCAAUAAUUAA